AUGCUUCUUCAAAGUCCUCCAUGCCCUGCAGGUACCACUGAUUCUUCUCGUAAUUGUAAUCCUUCUGCUGAGGUACCUGAACGUGCUGUUGAUGGUGAUCCUGAGUGCAAUUCUGAUGCUUCUGAACCUUCUGAAAGUCCUAAGCCAUGUCCGAAAAAGACCGAAGCUCCUCCCAAAGUGCCUGAGGUACCAAAAGAGGUGGUUCCUGAGAAAAAAGUACCGGCUGCUCCUCCUAAAAAACCCGAAGUUCCUCCUGUUACUGUACCUGAGGCUCCAAAAGAAGUUGUUCCUGAGAAAACACCUCCUGUUGUUCCUCCCAAAAAACCUGAAGUUCCUCCUGCUAAAGUACCUGAAGCUGAGGUACGUGAAGUUCAAGGUCAAGAUAGAGCUAGUGGUUCUUCUGGUCCUCGUGGUGAAGGUCUUGGAAAUAGUGGUGCUUCUGCUGGUGAUCCUGGUACUGGACAUAAUCCAGCAUCUGCUGAACCUAGGGCAGAUGCCACUGAGGCUGCUGAUCCUGCGGGUGAGGUGCAAACUGAAGGGAACGGCAACAAUGCAGGAGGUGGAAGUGCGGCUAGCCAAGGAAGUGGAGCACCACAAACUUCUUCUUCUUCUUCCAACAACACAACAACGGGGACUGCCGGAGCUGCUGAUACUGAAACAACAGAGAGCGGCACUUCAUCUGCAGAGAGUGAAUCAUUAAACAACCAAAAUGAGGGAGGAAAUACAGAAAACACCACCACCACCACAACUACACCCAGUAAUGAGGAAUCAACCACCACCACAACAACAACAACACUUCCUCCUGAGCCUGCAAACAACAAGAAGGGUGAUGCAGACAGCAGCAGCAGUAUCAGCAGUUCUGUGUGGGUGCGUGUACCACUACUGAUUGUGGUUACACUGGCCUGUAUUCUUGUGUGCUGA